GAAUUUUGUUCAGUAUCAAUUUUGUUGUCUGACUGUUAAUUAACACUUACAAUUAGCAAAAUGAAAGUAGUUUUUUGCCUGUUGGUCUGCUUAUCGAUUGCCUUUGCAAUGCCACAAAAAGAAGGAGCUGCUUUCUCAAACGAUGCUAUCAGACAAGCUCAAAAUUCAGCUCUUAUUCCACAAGGCGCAACAAUCCAAAAUGUUCAAGAGGGAAUUGAGCUUGCUGCUUAUGAAAACAUUCCCGGCGGUCAGAGAAUAAACCUUCAAGAAAUCUUGGGAGCUGAAGUUCCAUCGGAAGUCAUCUCAAACCUUCAAGGACAAAUCGACGGAGUCGGACGCAACUAAAUCUCACCAUAUUGCAAACAUGCAAAGAAUAUGAAUCUUUAAUGUUAGCUGAGUCGUCGAUGUGCCAACCAAAUUUAAAUUAAAUUACAAAAAAAAAGUUGAAAUAAAAUUUAAUUUGUUUUCACAAUAAAAUCGAAAAAAAAAAUAACAAGAAGAAACCAGUUUAUUUCACUUUGAUGUGUCACAUAACGCGAAGUAUUUAAUAAUAAGAAAGAAGCCACAAUAAGCUUGCCGACUAAAUAAUGUCAAAAUGUCAAGUCGUGUCAUGUAAUUGAUGCUUUCUUGAUUGGGCGUAUAAAUAAACAGAGAAGAAACUCU